AUGGAGCUUCACAUCUCUGAACACGACGAAGCUGGUAGAGAUGUAGCAGCCUACGUCUCCUCCAAAAGCAGCGACAGGAUCGAAUUCAUCAAGACAAAGGAGCAAAGCAGUCUAUGGAUGCGGCUACUCGACGUGUUUUUGCCGGCGGGCUAUCCUCACAGCGUGACCCGUGAUUACAUGUGGUACCAGAUCUACGAUUCUCUACAAGCCUUCUCAAGUUCCAUUGCCGGACUGCUUGCUUCUAGGGCUGUGCUUCAAGGUGUCGGAGUCGGUGAUGCCUCGGCGUCACCAACAUCUGCCCUUCUCCUCUCUGUGGUCCAAGAGAGCAUGGGCCGAAUAGCAACGAUUCUCUUCGCCCACAGGCUCGGUACCUCGCUCGAGCCUGAAUGCAAAAUGUACAGGCUUGCCGCGGACGUCUUCAAUGACACGGCUAUGAUUUUUGACUGCCUCUCCCUUGCACUGCCUAAAGCGCUAAGGGUAAUUUUACUCAGCUUCUCAAGCGUCUUGAGGGCGUUGUGUGGGGUUGCUGCCGGCAGUUCCAAGGCUAGUUUGAGUGCUCAUUUCGCAAAAUGGGGCAAUCUAGGAGAAUUGAACGCAGUGAGUCCGCCAUUUUCCUUCCGGGGCGGGUGGCCAGUCAUCAGAGGGGAGGGAAGACCAUCUCGUGUGUUUACCACCCCCGAUUCCGUGCAGCCUUGGCUACGACGUACGGGGUUGCUUGUCGCGCAUAGCAGCCAGAACCAUCACUAA